AUGCUCCUCGCCUGUCUUUCUGUGCGCUUUGUUCCCGCGUUUGACUGCAAUUGCCUGCUCAAUGCUAAUUGCGACCAAAAUGUAGCCUCGACCGUGGUGAUCCCGAACACCCUCCCCCUCGAUAUACGUAACGGACAUAGUCCUCUACGCUCACCACCUGCCUACGGGCUUCACGAUAAUGUUCCCAUGCCAGAUGCGCCUAGUGAUGGCGAGAUGUUCCCCUGCAAUCCUGAAAAUAUGGACGACUCCGAUGCCUCCCAUGAAUCUAUGAAUGCCGAAGAGGAUGCAGCUUCGGUAAACGAUGAUGAAGAUGAUGAGAGUGUCAACGGUGUCGAUGCCGGGAUGAGCUCACACCAUCCUUCUGAUGAUGAAAGCACUGGGGACUCAGAAGACGCGGCUGGCGAGGACGUUGCCGAAUUCACGAUGGAGAACGGCGUAGAUGCCCCUCCGUCAGAGAUGUUUUCGUCCUCGCCGGGCUCGAAAAGGGGAGUCAAACGCAAAUCCUCUGUUGAUGAAGAGGAAUAUAUCAGAAACAACCCUACUCUCUACGGCCUACGACGGAGUGGACGCGCUCGUCCAACUCGACGGCUGGAUCAAGAAUCCUCUGCCUCCGAGUCUGAUGUUGCCCCACCCCCAAAACGACGUCGUCCCGGCCGUGCCUCUGACCGUCCUUCCCCAGUCCAGAUGCCUGAGUCGUCGUCUGAAUCUGAUAGUGACGCGUACGAAGGCCCGCGUCGUAGUCGACAGGGCAAAAAGCAACGACGGAACAACCAAAAUAACCUGAAAAACUCCUACAUACCGACACAUGGUGAAGUCCGCUUCUCAACACGGCGGGCUAACAAGGUCUGUAACUACAACGAAGAAAGUGACGAUAACAUGUUUGAAGACGAGUACGAGGAAGGUACUCCCGGAGAAUGGGCAUAUACCGUCGAUGACAAUACACCAGCCAUCGACAAGAUCCUUUAUCAUCGCUUCAAGGAAGGUGUAGACCUUGAAAAGCCCGAUCUAGGCCGCCGUGACUGCGAGUACUACACCAAGUGGCAGGGUUUAGCACAUUACCACGCAUCCUGGGAAACAGUCGAUACCCUUGCUAACUGCCGCGGCAUCAGACGUCUAGACAACUAUAUCCGGAGGGAGAUUGAACAAGAGAUCAUCUUCAUGAGAGAUCCAGACGUAAUUCCAGAGGAGCGAGAGAAAUGGAGUCUUGACCGCGAACGAUAUAUAGAGAAAAUUGACCACUUCAAACAAGUCGAACGUGUCAUCGGCUCCCGCGAAGUCGAUGGUGCCACUGAGUACUAUAUCAAAUGGAAACGUCUACCUUAUGAUGGCUGUACAUGGGAAGAAGGAAGCCUCAUAAGCAAUAUGGCUCAAGCCCAAAUUGAUGCCUACCUCGACCGCUGCUCGCACCCCCCGAUCUCCUCCAGAGCAGAGUCUAAUCCUGCAACCCGCUCUAAGUUUGAACCUAUACAUACCAACCCAGACUUUAUACAAAACGGUCAACUCAAGGAGUUUCAAAUCAAGGGAGUCAACUUCCUUGCUUACAACUGGGUUCGCGGCCGCAACGUUGUCCUUGCUGACGAAAUGGGCCUAGGAAAAACUGUCCAGACAGUAGCAUUCAUCAACUGGCUACGGCAUGUCAGACAGCAGCAGGGCCCAUUCAUCGUCAUCGUUCCAUUAAGUACAAUGCCGGCCUGGAGCGAGACUUUUGACUAUUGGACACCGGACGUCAAUUACAUUGUCUACAGUGGCCCUGAGCCUGCUCGAAGGAUCAUCAAAGACUACGAGCUUUUGACUGAUGGCAAUUUGAAACGUCCUAAAUUCAAUGUUCUCCUCACCACUUAUGAAUAUGUUCUUCAAGACGCAAGCUUUUUAAACCAAAUCAAAUGGCAAUUUAUGGCAAUUGAUGAAGCACAUAGAUUGAAGAAUCGUGACUCACAGCUAUAUACCAAACUACUUGAUUUCAAGUCGUCUUGUAGGCUUCUUAUAACCGGAACUCCUGUCCAAAACAAUCUUGGAGAACUCUCUGCCUUGAUGGAUUUCCUCAAUCCAGGCGUUAUCGAAAUUGACGAGAACAUGGACCUGAACUCCGAAGCUGCCAGUGCAAAGCUGGCUGACCUGACCCAAGCCAUCCAACCAUACAUGCUUCGUCGAACCAAAUCAAAGGUUGAGAGUGAGCUUCCACCAAAGUCCGAAAAGAUCAUUCGCGUUGAACUAUCCGAUGUCCAGCUCGAACUUUAUAAAAACAUCCUGACCAAAAAUUAUGACGCACUUAACCAUGGUGGCAAGGGUCCCAAACCAUCCCUGCUCAACAUCAUGAUGGAGCUGAAAAAAGCUAGUAAUCAUCCAUUCAUGUUCUGGGGCCCCGAAGACCAGGCUGGAGGAAGCACACGGCGAGAAGACCAACUUAAAGCCCUCGUCACUAGUAGCGGAAAGAUGAUGGUCCUCGAUCAGCUUCUCACCAAACUAAAGAACGAUGGCCAUCGUGUGCUAAUCUUCAGUCAGAUGGUUCGAAUGUUGAAUAUUUUGGCUAACUAUAUGGAUGCUCGUGGUUUCAACUAUCAGCGUCUGGACGGUACCAUUGCUGCUGGCCCUCGUCGUCUUGCCAUUGAACAUUAUAACGCCCCCGGCAGUACCGACUUUACCUUUUUACUCUCGACCCGUGCAGGUGGCCUUGGUAUUAAUUUGAUGACAGCCGAUACAGUUAUAUUAUUCGAUUCGGACUGGAACCCACAGGCCGAUCUGCAGGCUAUGGCGCGAGCUCACCGUAUAGGACAAACCAAACCCGUCAGCGUAUAUCGUCUGGUCUCUAAGGACACUGUGGAAGAGGAGGUCUUGGAAAGAGCGAGAAAUAAGCUGUUGCUGGAGUUCAUCACAAUCCAAAGAGGUGUUACCGACAACGAAGCUAAUAGUCUCAAGAACAAGCUCGCACAAGCCGGUCAUCAUGUCAAUGAACCUACUUCGUUCGAUGAUAUCUCACGGAUUCUCAAACAGCGUGGACAACGAAUGUUUGAGCAGUCUGAUAAUCAGAAGAAACUUGAAGAACUUGAUAUUGACGCUGUUCUUGCCAAUGCUGAAGAACACAAGACUGUCGAGGAAGAUGCUAUUGAAGUUAGCGGAGGAAUCGACUUUAUCAACGAAUGCCAAUAUGUGGAUGUCAAGUUCGACGAUCUUUCAUGGGACGAUAUCAUUCCAAAGGAAUACCUGGAGAAGGUCAAGGCAGAGGAAGAGCUAGAAGCUCAGAGACGUCCCCCGAAAGAGGAGCCUGCUGAAAACUCCAACUCCAACCUAAUGAUUAGUGAUGAGCGUGAAGAGCGAAAAGCCAAGCGGCGAGCUCGCCAACAAGUGAAUAUCGAUGCUGAGAUAAUGUCGGAUGCCGAAGGCCCAGAUCCCAGUGCACCCCUAAAUGAGAAAGAAUACCGACAUCUCAUCCGUGCAUACCUGAGAUACGGUGACAUGAAGGAUCGCGAGGAAGAAAUCAUCAAGGAAGCACGCCUCGUGAACCGUGAUGCUACUGUUGUCAAAGACGCUCUCAACGAAGUCAUUGAGAAGGCCACUGCUCUUGAGCAGGAGGAAAACGACAGAAUCCGUGCCCUUGAACGUGAGGGUAAGAGCUUCACUAAAAAGGAGCGGAAGGCAAUUCUUUUCGAUCACAAAGGCGUCAAACGCAUCAAUGCAGAAACCAUCGUUAGUCGGCCUGGAGAAAUGCGUCUUCUACGGGAGGCUACAUCCAAUUUACAGGAUAUAACAAGUUUCCGUGUACCGGAAGCCACUAAGGGUGCUGACUACUCCUGCUCAUGGGGCGCUCGAGAAGAUGGAAUGUUGUGCCUGGGCAUUGCUCGUCACGGUUACGGAGCAUGGACACAGAUUCGUGAUGAUCCCGAGCUAGGCCUGGGAGAUAAAUUCUUCCUUGAUGAGCACCGCGUCGACCGCAAGCAAGAGCGGCUGAGCGGUAAGGGUGAAGGGUCGAAAUCUCCCGGAGCUGUACAUCUGGUUCGAAGAGCAGAUUACCUCAUAUCGGUUCUUAAAGCCAAAGCCAGCAAUGGUUCCAACGCCGCGGCAAGGAAAGCCCUGGAAAACCACCACCGGAAUAAUAAGAAGAUCAGCUCUCGGAAUGCACAUCGAACCGUUUCUGCUUCUCCUGCCCCAUCUCUCCCACGUAAAGGCAGAGAAAGCGAAAAGUCAAGGCGGCGUAUGCAAAAUCGUGGCAGUCGAGAUAGUGCUGAUGGAUCUCAUACCCCAUUACGAGACCACCGGGAUCGAGACCGAAAUAGAGAUCACGGGAAGCCAAUCGAUUCAGAUAAAGCACGGAGAUAUUCUAAGGAAGAAGCACACCGCCGUCGUAGUGAUGAUCGCACUACAUCCACUCCGAUGGGUGGUGACAAUAUGCUUCGAAGCAUCUUCAAGCCUAUCCGCGAGCAUUUGAGGCGAGUGUCGCAGGUCACCAAGGAAAGCAUUCCAAGCAAACCAGAGCGAGCUGCCGAACUCCGCCGAUUGCUACGGAUGAUUGGAGACUUCAUUCGUGGUAUUCUUAAUGGUCAAGAAGCUGCGGCUUCGCUUGAAGGGAGAUUAUGGGAUUACUGUGCUGCUUACUGGCCGAACAAAGGAACUCCCGGAAGUGCACUUCUCAACAUGUACAGCAGGCUAGUAGCCGCCGAGAAAGCAACUGAAACCUCGAAUUAA